GUUCACAGAAAACUGUGAUGGCGUGUUCAGUCUGAGCGAAGUUUUCGAAACGUAUCUAGUAGUACAGAGUUCUUAUUUUCAAAAUGGCUUUUGACAGAAGGUUCUUAAAUGUUAUUAUAUUAGGAUUCGCGUUUAUGUUUGUGUUUACGGCAUUUCAAACAAUGGGAAACAUCGAGAAAACAAUAUUAGACAGUAUACAUCAAGAUGAUGAUAGUUUCGAAGGUGAUGGUUAUACCAGUUUGGCAGUCAUAUAUGCUGUGUUUGCUCUCUGCAAUUGGCUUGCCCCUUCCAUUAUUAGUGUCAGUGGACCCAGGAUAGCUAUGCUAAUAGGAGCAAUUACAUACUGUUUGUUCAUUGCAUCAUUCCUGCUUCCUAAAACGUGGCUCCUCUACUUGGCAUCGUGUGUGAUGGGAUUUGGGGCAGCCAUUAUCUGGACAGGCCAGGGCAACUACCUCACACUUAAUUCAGACUCAUUGACAAUAUCCAGAAAUUCUGGUAUUUUCUGGGCUAUGCUGCAGGCCAGCAUGUUUUUUGGAAACCUUUUCGUGUACUUCCAAUUCCAAGGCAAGACACACAUAGAUGCACACACACGGCUCAGUGUUUUCAUAGUGUUGCUUAUCAUAGCGGCUGUUGGCAUUGUAUUCCUGUUAAUCUUACGACCUGCUCAGAGUCCAGAUGGAGAAAUGGUACAGAAGGAGGAAGGUGGCCCACUGAAUGCUCUGAGGAGGGCAUUCGCCCUCUUGAUUACCAAAGAAAUGAUCCUGCUCAGUGUAACAUUCUUCUAUACAGGCAUUGAAUUGUCUUUCUUCAGUGGAGUGUACAGUCCCAGCAUUGGUUUCACGAAACAGAUGGGCUCAAAUGUAAAACAGCUUGUUGGGCUGUCAGGAAUAUUUAUUGGAGUGGGAGAAGUAUUAGGUGGUGCUCUCUUUGGAAUCCUGGGAUCGAAGACAAUACGAUGGGGUCGUGAUCCAAUUGUAAUGUUUGGAUUUCUUAUUCAUGUUAUUUCCUUUUUUCUCAUUUUUCUAAAUCUGCCCAAUGCUGCUCCCUUUGGGGACACAGAUGAAGCUGCUUUCAUAAAUAGCAAUGCAUAUGUAGCCAUCCUGUGCAGUCUGCUGCUUGGCUUUGGAGACAGUUGUUACAACACACAGAUCUACUCUAUACUAGGAGGGGUCUUCCCUGAAGACAGUGCACCAGCUUUUGCUCUCUUCAAAUUCACUCAAUCUGUUGCUGCUGCUGCCAGCUUCUUCUAUAGCAGCCAUAUUGGUCUACAUGCACAACUUGGAAUUCUGGUACUUCUGGGUACCUUCGGAACCAUCUCAUUCUGCUUCGUGGAAUGGGCAGCACGAUCCAAAAAGGCAAAGGGGUACAAUGGAGCAAUUGAUGACUCAGAUCUUAUGGGUGGAACUGUUAUUUCCAAACACGAGUAAAGACUUCAAGCAUGGAACAAUAUCAAUCCCCUUUCAGCUCGGUGGGCCAGGUGUCAGGUUUCUUCACAUAGACUCAUGCACCAGAAUUAAAGGACAGCAUCUCUUCAAGAGGACCGAGAACCGAAGAAUUAUAUGAAAAUCAUUGUUUGCUUUUUGAUUGAUAAAAGAGUGGAAACUUUGACCUUUAAAUGAGAUGUGAGUUAUGCAUCUACUUUUGUGAGCAUUUUGAUUUACUCUGAAGUUUCAUUCCUGUAGGUUCAGUUUCUUUGUGCCAAAGGAACGUUUUCUUAGCUUCUAAUUAACAGAUAAGCAUGAAAUUUUCAAAAUUUGUGUACACUGUGGAUUAUGUAUUUUAUCAAAGUGUUUAAAAUGCGGGCAGGGCAUGUAGCUUGAAUGGGAGAGAAGAGGAAUGCGUAUAGGAUAUUGGUGGGAAAGCCAAAAGAAAAAA